CGGGUGAUGACGCAGUUGUCCGCUCCUCGUUUCCUGUGCAGGCUUUUCACAGCUCACAAGCGCGGGAACUCUAGUCAGAGUGUUGGUAUGAAAAAGUCACGGAAAACACAGUAACGAUUUGCUAUGGAUCCUUCAGAGGUUGAAUUUCUUGCUGAGAAAGAGUUUGUGAAAAUAAUACCAAAUUUCAGCCUGGACAAGAUCUAUUUAAUCGGGGGCGAUUUGGGACCCUUCAACCCGGGACUUUCUGUUGAUGUCCCCGUGUGGCUGGCCCUAAACCUAAAGCAGAGACAGAAAUGUAGGAUUCUUCCCCCUGAGUGGAUGGAUGUCGAGAAACUAGAAGAGAUGCGGGAGCUUGAGAGAAAAGAAGACGCCUUUACUCCUGCACCCAGCCCAUAUUACAUGGAGCUAACCAAACUGUUACUGAACCACGCGUCUGACAACAUCCCUAAAGCCGAUGAGAUCCGGACUCUGGUCAAAGACAUCUGGGACACCCGGGUGGCUAAACUGCGUCUGUCUGCCGACAGCUUCAUCAGGCAGCAGGAGGCUCACGCUCAGCUGGACAACCUGACUCUGAUGGAGAUCAACACCAUAAGAGAGUUCCUCCUCGAUUCUCUCAACUGCAUGUACAAGCUGCGCUCCAACCUGCAGCCUGGUGCCACUAAGGGCCAGUUUGGAGACUACUGAUCCAAAAUACCAAGGCCUUUUGGAUGUUUUCAGAAUUUUUUAGAAGACUGGACUUCAACCUCUGAACUCUUUCGUUUCAUUUUAAGGAAUCGCACUUCACUUGUGAAGAAGAUUUGAAUUUAUGGAAAGCAUGCGUUUCAUAUGGAUUGACUGUGAUUAAUAGUGGAAAUUCACAUGCUUUGGUUUCUGAAUGUACGUUUUUUACCAUGUUACAAAAUAAAUGCGCUUGUGUGUAAGUUG